CCCAGAGAGUGCAGCACCGCUGUUGUAAAUACAAAUCCCAUGUCUGUAACCGUUUGUUGAAUGUAACGUAGGCGCUAACUACAGACAAAGCUCAUCACAUCAGAACAGUGUCAUGUGUUGAAAACUUGUAUGUUGAAGUAAACGUAUGUAAAGCUGUGAUCUUGCCCUCUCACUGAAUUUACACAGCGCUGAAACAAUCAGGACACAGAGGCCAUUCACCCCUCCUGUUAUAUUAUUCUGCUUUAACCUUUGCAGCCUCUUGCAUAUAAGUGAGCGUGAGAUCCUUGGUCAUCAAAAUGCCCUUAUGUUUGGAUUUUAAAUACACCUCAGUAACUCUGGGACUUCCUUGUGUGGCGCACCCUUGAUGAAACACAAUACGUGCAUGUACGUACUUGGAUUGAAUCUUGAAUGUCUCCCUCGGCAUGCUGGGAGCAGUUUUGUAAUCCGGCACUCCUCGGCUUCAAACACAUACUGAAACGUCCCGUAAAGACGGGAGCCAGCCAGCAGAGGAUUUGGAUCCGGGCCUAGGCCUCAGUGGGAUCCGUGUCCAUUGACAGGUCUGAGAAUAGAGCCCUGGGAUGACUGGGAUAGUUUCCACAAUGCAGAGCAGAAUUACAUACAGUAGACCUGCACGUCCCUAAUCCCCUCGGUAAGCACUGGACAUUCUGAGGUAAAUAUACAGAGGAAGUGGUUUGACCUAAAUCUUCACAGCUAGUGUGCUGGCGCAGUGACAUGUUUUUACCUGAUAGUUAGACAUGGAAUCAGGCUGAGCAGAAGUAACACAUACGUAGAGCUGCAGAGAUAGGUGGAUAUGUCCAUCUAAAGAAAACUACUUGGAAACCAUUUUGAAGAAAGCGUAGACCGUUUCCAGCAUCUUAACUAUGAGGAUUUGCAGCUUUUCUUUGUCAUCGAUGGUAGUCAAAGAAGAGUUUGGGGGUUUGGGGGAGAAAAAAGAAGCUAUUUAAAGUGUCACUUUUUACAGACUUUAUCAAUUGUUUAAUAGUGAAAACCAUCCUUGUUUGCCGCACCUACACAUGGUUAAAUACAAGAAAUGUUGCUGUAAAGGACCGGAACUUGAUAUAUGGAGGACUUAAACAACAGCAGACGACCAUAAAACCACAAGACUCAGCUGAUUGGCCAGGAGAGCAGUGAGGGUGGAGUAAUACAACAUGACAUCUUAACUGAGGUAGUAUAAAUAGGAGCCAGUGCCACAUUCUGCUGCGGGCAAAAGGGAUGACGGAGACCACACACGACAACUUGCUGCUCGCGGGAGUUUGUAGAGCUUCAACCAAACAUUGAGGACAACAUUCCCAUCACUCAACACCAGACUGCCAGUAUGGAGAUGUCCAGUGCAGCUGUCCUGCCAGAAGUUGGCCUCAGGUCAGCAGCCCAGUCGGCCGGACUCGCAGAGAUUGCAGUCCGACUCUUCCUGAACCAAAGUAAACAACUGUGUCCUCAUGUGUGGGUUCCCAUCCUGAAGCCCCAGCGCCCCUGCAUCCGUCCUCAGGUUACAGAUCAGCUACCCUGUGACAUCUUGAGCCAGGUCUGUCUGACCCAGCCUCCUCCAUUUUUCUUGGACGACUUGGAUGAGGAUGAGGUUUUCCUACCAAUGAAGAACAAGCGCGUGGUUUUCGCUGACUCCCAGGGUUUGUCUCUCAUAGCCGUGCGAGAGUUUUCUGAUGAAGAGGAGCACGCUGACCUCGACCUCCUGCCGUCGCUGCGGGAUUUGGGGAGCUUGACAGAGGACGGCUACAGCUGCACCGUCAGCACAUGCUGCCCAGGAACGCAGCUCAAACUGGGCUUCCCGCAGCCCUCCGCAGAUUUCCAGGCCUUCCGUGCCAAGCUGGCAAAGAGCAUGGUUAUCCUGGAGAACUGCAGUGUUAACGAACAGGCCCUCAAAGGUACUGUCAGAGUCAGGAACAUCAGCUUCCAGAAGGAUGUGCGUGUACGCAUCACCUUCGAUUCAUGGCAGAGCCACAGAGACGUGCCCUGUACGUACCUGCAGAAACGCUUCGGAGGACCCCAGACAGAUAUCUUCGAAUUUUACAUUGAUAUUCCCAAAGUGCUCGAUGCCAAACGGAAGAUAGAAUUCUGUCUGAUUUAUUUACCUGCAGGGCAGAGCGAGCCUUUCUGGGACAACAACGAUGGACAGAAUUACAGCAUCGCUGUGUGCGUGAGCUCACAUCUCUGUCGCGGGAAGAAUCUAAGUGAAAGGGCAUGACUUACUCAACCUAGAUAGGAUCCCUAUUUUUGUCACAUAAAGCAUCAGUCCUGGAGAGAGAUGAAGGGGAUUGUCUAUUUUUUUUCAUAUGCACUUUGAAUUGUAUGGAGCCCAUUUCCACAAGUUAGGGACAAAAAAUGUUUGGUCAAUUUUGAAUUCGGAUUUUGUUUUUUCAACUUUUUAUCUCAUAGUUAUGACUAAACAUGGGGAUGUUGGGUUUUUUUUGUUUUUUUUUUUAAAAUCAAGCUUAGUGUUGAUCUUCUUUAGUCUUUAACUGGCAGAAAUGGGCUUCCAUAGGUACUUGUAUUUUUAGAAAUGUUUAAAUGUCUGCAUUACUUGCUUUGUA